AAACCGCAAAAGGGACCGCGAAGGGAGCUGCCGGGAAAGGGAUCGGGACUGGAAUUCCUGUAAGAGGCAGAAAGACUGUUGGUUUCAGCAACAUGGAGAAUGAUGUCAGCUUUAAGUUCCGUCAGCAGCUUUUCCUUAUUAGUGAAAAUCUGGUGACUGAAGAUGUAGCAGCUUUAAAAUUUCUCUGUAUUGACUUGCUCCACCUCAGUAAACUAGAAAGUGUGAAGUCAGCAGCAGACAUCUUCAGGCUUCUUAUGGCUCAAGAAUAUUUGAAUGCAGAAGACACUUUCCUACUAGCUGAACUCUUAUACAGAAUUAAAUGUCACUCCUUGCUCGAGAAACUUGGUUACACCAAGGAAAAAGUACAAGAACAUCUGCAUGAGAAGGGAAGAGUAUCUCCAUACAGGCAGAUGCUGUAUGAAUUGUCAGAGAACAUCACCAGUGAGACAUUGGAGGAAAUUGUAUUCCUUCUGCAAAACCAUCUUCCAAACAGAUGGAUAAUUCUUUCUGCUUUGGAUUUGCUGAUUUUAUUGGAAAAGCAGGGGCUUUUAACUAAAGAUGAUGUAAAGAUACUGGAGGACGUCUGUAAGCGUGUGUCACCUGGUCUCCUUGAGACAAUAGACUGCUACAAAAAGGCAAAAGAUAACAAGGCAGCCAAUUUUACACAAGGCUUCCCUGAACUAAAACUGGAGCCACAUGGAGAAUUCAGCAAUGUAGAAGAUGAAUCCAAGACUGUGACAAGCUACAAAAUGGAUGGGCCACACAGAGGAUUUUGUCUCAUAAUUAAUAAUGUUGACUUCAAUAAUUGUCAGAGGAGGGGUUCUUGCAAAGAUGCUGCCCAACUGGAGAGAGUAUUCAUGUGGCUUGGUCUGGAUGUGAAGACUUAUACAAAUCUGACAUCUGGGGAUAUUAUAAAUCUUAUGGAAUUUUGGCAGCAUGUGCAAGAUCAUAAAGACAGGAACUGUUUUAUAUGUUGUAUUCUAUCUCAUGGAAGCUCAGGAGCAAUCUACGGGACAGAUCACAAACCUGUGUCAAUCCGCAUGCUUAUGUCCCACUUCACUGCCAAACAAUGUCCCCAGCUGGCAGCAAAACCCAAAGUCUUCUUUAUCCAAGCAUGCCAGGGUGACAAUGUGCAGCGUCCUGUCUUCCUUGAUACUGAUGGAUCAACUCCUGACUCAUCUCCCAUGCAAGAGAGAGAUUCUUAUUUUGAAAGUAUUCCCGAAGAGGCUGAUUUCCUCCUAGGCAUGGCCACAGUUGACGGAUGUGCCGCUUUCCGGCACAUUGAGGAGGGUGCUUGGUAUAUUCAGUCCCUCUGCAGCAAGCUACAGUUGUUGGUACCAAGGGGUGAAGAUAUUUUGUCAAUUCUCACACAAGUUAAUGAAGAUGUGGCCAGACGUGUUAGCCCUUCAGGGACAAAGAAGCAAAUGCCCCAACCAGCAUAUACCUUAAGAAAAAAAAUUAUAUUCCCAAUACCUAUGGAACCUCCUCCUUCAGAGCAACAUCAAGGCUUUUAAAACACAUCAUUUUAUCAACUGCAUUAAAUACAGUUUUAAGACGGAUAGCCAAAACCCUGAGGAUCUGUCAGCUUUAAUGCAAGGUCUCAUAUUUUUUUUUGUCAAACAAACUGUGAAACUGGAGGAGACACAGUUAAAACAAUCCAUGUGCUAGCUAUUUACGUCAUCUAUAUAUUCAGAGUUCAGUGUUGGAAGAACCACACUUCUAUCAUGUUAAACAUUUUUGUAUGUGCACAGGCAGCAGAUACAAAAGGUUUUUCCUGGCAGCAUGGCGAUUGCAUAUCAGCUCUCAUAUUUAAACCAGGAUUGUUAAUAUUCUGGUUUAGAGUCAUCAUGUUUUAUUUUGCAGGCUAACAAUUUUAGGUCCUGUUUCUAAAUCCACUAGCUAUAUUGAUAGAGAGAAAAAAGUGGGAAUUAAGAGAUAAAACCUGAAGUAGUUAGUGGAAAAAGAUUUCUUCAAUCUCUAAUGAAAAUUACUUUUAACUUAAUAAAGAACCAGUUACCAACUUAAAUCAGCAAUUUCUUCGACAGUGCACGGAGAUACCCUUUAAUGGCUAACAUAAACUUCAUGUACAAUGAAGUUUUCCAAAACUGAAUGAAGCCAAAAUGCUGUUUAUUAUUCCCUCUGUGAAACCUUGUGAAUUGUUAUUUCCCCAUCACUUCUGGGAAAAUUUAGGGUAGAAGAUUUGCAUGCUAUGAAAUUCAGCACUUAGAUAAACUUUGUUAAGCAUUACGUUUUUUAAUUAUCAAUUGUUGGUUUAGAAUCUUGAAUGCUGCCAGUUUGAAGGUUCCCAUAAACUAAGCUGCUAAGAAUUUUCUGAGUUAACUUAAUAAUGCCAUGUUUUUUGUUAUGAACACUUAUGUAUGCCUGUGCCUUUCCUGUUUGUUACUGCAUUAAAUUCAUACUUUUAAAGA